AGCCAGAGCCUGCAGGGAUGAGCGCCAGCUCCUCUCGCCGCCUCGCCGCUCACUCGGUGUGAACGUGGCCGCAGACGCGCCUCCCCUGGCCGUGGCUGAACGCUGCCAGUGUCAGCCCCCCUCGGCGUGAGAGGAACACCCCCGAUCAGGGCUACCGAUCAGGGCUAUCGAUCAGGGCUACCGAUCAGGGCUACCGGGUCCGGGUCUCGUCUCAACCCACGGAGCUGAGCUCGACUCCCAUCAGCGCGGAUCCGGCACAUCCUUCCCCCUCGACGCGCGCAGCCGCCGCUUCCCCAAAACAACAACACUGAGGAUUCUUUUUUUUCUUCCCUUUUCUUUUUUCUUUGGUUUUAUUUUUAAUCGUUUUUUUUUUAUCAAUUUUUAUUUUGCACUCUCUCUUUUUUGCAAAUGCGCCCCUGUCCGUGGUGAAAUUCACUAAACUGUCUGUCAGCUUUGCGCCGAGAAGCUUCCGACUCUGCGACCGUGAAGCAGAGUUCAACGAGAGAAGUCUGAGAACAUCUGCGCUGCUGGAGGCCACCAGGGAUGCGUUCCCACUCUGAGGAUUUCAAACUAGAUUACUCCGGUUAUUCGUCUGUGCACACAAGAGGGGCCUGGCAGAGUGACCAAGAUGAGACCAUAUAAUGAUGCUGGCCUCUAAAAACAAAAGCACAAGCCGAGCUGAAGGGCUGAAAUCUUCUUUGGGCCAUCACCAUAAGUUCGCUGCAGGAAAAUCUCAAUGAAACAAACUGAAGAAAGAGACCCAUCGUUUUUCUGACUGGUACAUGGGGACAAUAUCCUGCGUCAUACAUUCGUCAAUGUUGAGAAGACUACUAAAAGCAUUGCGUCUGGCCGUGAGGACAGCUGAGCAUCCAGCUGAGUCUCUGACAGGAUUGUAUCAGCGGUACUGAAACAGCAGUGGCAUCGCCUUUUCUCUUGGUCCUUUUACAUGACUCUCAGAGAAGCACCAAUGGCCUGCAGCUUAGGCAUGGUGAUGAGUGCCUUGUUUUGGUCCGUAGCCAUUGUAUAUUUGACUCAUGUUGGUGGAGUCAAUGGAGACUGCUGGUUAAUUGAAGGUGAAAAGGGCUUUGUAUGGCUUGCAAUUUGUAGCCAAAACCAACCACCAUAUGAGGCCAUUCCACAGCACAUCAACAGCACCAUUGUGGACCUUCGUCUGAAUGAGAACAAAAUAAAAAGUAUCCAUUAUUCUGCCCUUAGUCGCUUUGCCAACUUGACUUACCUGAACCUGACCAAGAAUGAAAUUUCCUAUAUAGAGGAUGGGGCCUUUUCUGCUCAGUUUAACUUACAAGUCCUUCAGAUGGGCUUCAACAAACUGCGAAACCUGACAGAGGGGAUUCUCCGGGGUCUAGGAAAGCUGCAGUACCUCUACCUCCAGGCAAACCUGAUUGAGACUGUGACACCUAAUGCCUUUUGGGAAUGCCCCAACAUAGAGAACAUCGAUCUCUCCAUGAACCGAAUCCAGCAGCUAGAUGGCUCCACAUUUACAAGUUUAAACAAGCUCACCACCUGUGAGUUGUACACCAAUCCUUUCAACUGCUCAUGUGAGUUGUUGGGAUUUGUAAAAUGGCUGUCGGUAUUCCCAAACCGGACGAAUGAGCGGAUGGUCUGCGACUCGCCACCUGGUGUUUCAGGUUAUAGUUUACUGAGCCAGAAUCCUAACAAUCCAACAUAUCGAAACGCACUUCACAUGCUCACCACAGUGUGCACCGAUGACUAUGUGACGCCAUUUAUCCCUGUGUCCAUUGAGUCUACGACGCUACCACCUGACUCAACGGUAUGUGGGAUGGAAGACUGCCCUUCAGGUACGGAACCAGAAGAUAUUACUGUGAGUACACCUGAAAGCGAUUUGCAAGUUACCCCUCUGAUGAAAUUGAAGCAAGUAACAAACACAGGGGCCACAAUCACCGUUCAGAUCCCUCAUCCUUACAAGAAGAUGUACAUCCUGGUUCUUUACAACAACAGCUUUUUCACAGAUAUUCAAAACCUGAAAGAAAUAAGAGAGGACAUUGAGCUAAAGAACCUGAAACCCCAGACAAACUACACAUACUGUGUUGCUUCGAUACGCAAUUCCCUUAGACACAACCACACUUGUUUGACGGUCUCCACCGGCACUAGGACUGGAAAAGACCGAGUGGUAAACAACGCAACAGCUACUCACUACAUAAUGACAAUUUUAGGCUGCCUCUUCAGCAUGGUAAUUUUUCUUGGGAUAGUUUACUAUUGCCUGCGAAGAAAGCGACAGCAAGAUGAAAAGCACAAAAAAGCAACCAGUCUGAAGAAAAAUAUAAUGGAACUCAAGUAUGGACAAGAGCUUGAGGGUGGGACUAUUUCUCGAAUGUCACAGAAGCAGUUGUUGGCAGGGGAUAGCAUGUCGCGAAUGCCAUACUUGCCAUCUGCAGGUGAAAUGGAACAGUACAAAUUUCAGGAGAUAAGCGAUACGCCUAAAAUGGUUAAAGGAAAUUACAUGGAUGUGCGAAGUAUGGAACAUCAUGAGCGCAGGGAGUGCGAUAUGGGAAUGGCUGGGAAUAGUCAGGGGUCAGUGGCAGAGAUUUCUACCAUUGCAAAAGAGGUGGAUAAAGUCAAUCAGAUAAUUAACAACUGUAUAGAUGCUCUUAAGUCAGAGUCCACCUCUUUUCAAGGGGUUAAAUCUGGGGCAGUGUCCACUGCAGAGCCCCAGCUUGUAUUAAUAUCGGAGCAUCCACAGAGUAAUCCCGGCCUUCUAUCUCCAGUGUAUAGAGAUAGAGAUAGUUACCAUCACUCUCUGCAGAGGCAUCGGGCCGCUGAUGUUUCUCCAAAGAGACCCAGUACUGCCACGGGAGGGCCCAUGCGAAGCCCCAGGCCUUAUCGCUCUGAAUCCAAGUACAUAGAGAAAACCUCCCCGACUGGAGACACCAUCCUCACUGUAACACCUGCUUCCGCCAUCCUGAGGGCUGAGGCAGAGAAGAUCCGCCAGUACAGUGACCAUCGGCACUCGUAUCCCGAUGCUCAGAUAGAGGAGCUCGAAGGACCCGAUAGCCACAAGUUGUUGGAGCCUCUCAGUCACUCCCGCUCCAGAGACUUGGCAUAUUCCCAGAUGCCAUCUCAGUAUCACAAUCUAAGUUACUCCUCCAGUCCUGAAUACUACUGCAAACCUUCACACAGCAUCUGGGAGCGAUUCAAACUCCACCGGAAACGGCAUAAAGAUGAGGAGUACAUGGCUGCGGGGCAUGCACUGCGUAAGAAAGUCCAGUUUGCAAAGGAUGAGGACCUGCAUGACAUUUUAGACUACUGGAAAGGUGUUUCUGCCCAACAUAAAUCAUAACCCAUUUAGGUGUUUUUAAAAUGGACCUCACAUUUCAGAAAUGACAGAAGAACCUUAUCUGAUCUAGAUCAUGGGAUUAUUCCAUAAUAUAAUCCACUACUCACUCAUAUGUAUCACAUUCUCUUUUGACUAUGAAGAAAGUGUGGCGAAGAUUCUUUAAAUUUGUCACAUUAUGUAAAGCAUUCAUCAGAAAAAAUAUAUAUAUAUAUUGCAAAUUAAUAUAAUAUAUGUUACAGUGGAUAAUAGGUUUUUGGGUAUCGCAUGGCCAAGUCCUGUGACAGUGGAUUUGCUGUUGUGUAAUAUGAAACUAUUAUAUAAAGGUACUGAAACCUCAACAUUUUUUGAGAACUCUCUGGACCCAUUCAAACUGUUUUUUCUUCCCUUCCUACCAUAUAUUUAAUUCAAAACUGUGUGUACAGAUAUGGAUUUCUAUAUUUGCAAUGUUUGCUGUGUAAAUGGUGAAGUGUCAGUGGAUGAAUCAGGUUUAUCAAACGAAUUGCUGUUCAAUUAGAUUGUCUGGAUUGCGGAAGAAAGGCAAGUCCUGUUUUAAAAUAUUUGAAGCAUUUGUCAUUUAAACCAUCACCACGUGUUAAUUAUUCUUUUUUUCGUUACUUAGGCUCUUACAUGAUUCACACUGUGCAGUAUUCACUUGGUUGAAUCCCAACAGACUUUCCGCAGGCAAAACUGGAGUCCAGAUCACUAUUUGGUGAACGUCUACGUGAUAAGUUUCACAAACCAUUUGUAUUUUUAGUACCAAAGUAGAAAGAGCUGAAAUGUUUACAAUAUUCAUGCGUGAUCUGUGGAUCAUAUGAACAUACACAAGUUAAAUCCAUGCAGUUUUAUUUUAUUUGCCACUUCCCUAGAGGACACAAUUGGGAAACAAACGUAUCCAUGCUAAAGGAUAUGUUGCAGUAUGAAAACCUGCUAUCAAUCACGUAUACUUCAAAGGGAAGACGAGUGUGCUUUGUCCCUUGUUGCUUCAGUACACAGACAGCUGUUCUGCCCUGCAGGGGAGCCCGAUGGAUGAAUGUAAUCGAUACAUAUUCUGAUCUGUCUAUGGCAGCUUCUAUGUAUAUUUUCAAGGAAACAUUUAUUUCAUGCUAUGAAUGUGUGUGUUUGUGUGUGCGUGUGGGUUUUUUUGUGUUUCUUCAAUAUUUCUUCCAGUGUAUUAUAUUGCAUAAUGCGUGAUCAAAUAAAAGGAGGAAAGUAGUUUAUUAUUCAGACGGGCCUUGUUGCUUGCUGAAAAGUUUAAUGUUAUUUUUAUCUGCUUAGGCUGUUAAAUCUUUUUGUAUAUUAUGAAAGCUAAGUACCAGGCAAAUAUCAACAUGCUAGUUUAAAUUUGAGAAUGUGAAACUGAAUCCUCUGACUUACUGGCUGUGAUUUUGUAUAUCCUGUUUUUUGUUUGUUUUUUUUUUGGGGGGGGGGGGUCCUGUUUUCUUUUUUCUUUUUUUUUUAAAGGUUAUAAACAGUAUAAAAUGAAAUCCUUUUUGCUUGGUAAAAUGUUCAUGUAUUUUAUUCCAAACAGGCUCAUAAUGAUUCAUCACAUAUUUAUGACUGAGUAAUAAACAAGUACUCUCUUACUAAUUGAAACAAUUGUUAUGAUGUUCGAAUGCACCAUUCCCAUUGGAUUUGGUUUAAUUUAUGUAUUUAUUAAUUUUUAAAGCAUUUUUUAUAAUUAAAGGAUGGAUAAGCGAUUCUACAAACUCCCUACAAGAGAGAACCUUUUUAAACAAUCAGUUAAUAUCUCGUUAUCAUUUUCCAGCUGCACAUCUCUCAAGUAAACAAUAAAAAAACAUUAAACUAAUACUAAUGAACUCUGUUCAUUGAAUUUUUUUUGUUCAAAUAUAAAUAGAUCUGAUAUAAUCCAAAAAAUUGCUUACCCUGCCUGAGUUCAACGUGACGCUUGUCAAUUUUAAUGGUCAUGAUUGUAAAAUAUAAUUACAGAAUUGCUUGAGGAAAUAACUGGCAACAAAUAGGCUAUUUUACAGGUCUUCCUACCUUAUUUCUUCUAAUAUCUGAACAGGUGCUUUUCAUCGCUAAACGUUGGUUGCAACAACUCUGCAAAGGUGACACUACAACACGAUUUAAAGUGCACCAGUUAAUCUUUUCAUUAUGAAACUUUCAGAAUCUGUUUUACAUCGUCUCUAGAUGAUGCUUCAGCAAAAAUAUCAGCUGGGCGUUUUUUCCUGUAAGACAGGGGAAAACGUUAUUGCUUCGUCUUGUUCUUGCUACAUCUUUACGAAGGAAGCUUCACCUGUCACCACACCUGCACAUUUUACUUUAGUGGUUAAACUGUCACGUAUGACCAGCGCAUUUUGAGUGUCUGGUCCCCCUCUUUAUGUUUAGUGUCUAUUGAAAGUAUAACUUCAGAUAUUUAUUCACCCAUUUCAAUUUUUUUCUUUGUCAAAAUAUUGUGUCCAUCUCAUUUAAAUGUGUCAUGAUGCUGUUAUUUUUCAUUAAUGUGAAAUGAAACAUUCAUGAGCCUGAUGUGAAUCUCUUACGUAAGCACCUUGUUAAGUGUUAACUGGGUUGUCUGACUUAAUAUUUCAACGGCCUUAAGAUUUUGGGAUUUGUGUACAAGUGUAAAUUUCCUUUUAAUUUUAUCUCCUCUGUUGAUACUGUUGUUGGGCCUCCAUUUGUUAUUUUUAUAAAAGCAUUUCAGUAUCUUCUCAGAGCUGUCAGGGUUCUAGUUCAUUUAGCUAUUUAGCAACCUGUUUUUAUACUGCAUAUUGUAGCACUUAUGUGUCUAUUAAGAGUUUAAAGUGUUGAGAAAAACCUUUAGAAAGAUCAAGUCGUCGUUCAAGUGCAUCAAAAACAAACAAGAGCACAAAAAUGUGUUUUUUAAAUUUAUUUCUUAAUGCUAUGUUAUCUGCUUUCAGACAAAGUACUGUGAAAUAAAGUCAAGGGUGCACAUACAGUCUA